GGCGGGCCUACAAACAGGAUGAAAAGGGUAGUGGCCAAUGGCAAAGGAGCAUGUGGUUUUACGCUGGUGAGGCGCAGUACUUUAAAUCUGACUCGUUUAGAUCACGACUAGAGCAAUUUACAACGACGUGUGUUCAACACCACACCGAUUUGGUUUGUGCCCUAUGUGACUUCACACCAAUUUGGGCACUUUUCUCACCUAGAUUUCGACAAAAUCACCGAUGUCUUCCGAAUUUCUGUCCACCAUUGCUAUGGACAGGCUGAACGCAAGGGAAAUCGUCUCGGGGCAGAAGAGCGCAGAUAUUUCCCCUCAGGUUCUCCCCCUGCUGAGGCGCAAAGGGACCUGCCGGAAUCUCUUCGGUCCCGUUGACCACGACGAGCUACAGCGAGAGCUGACGUCCAAACUUAAGGAGAUUGCCGACCGGGAUCGGCUAAGAUGGAAUUUCGACUUCAGCGAAGGGCGCCCGCUGGACGGUGAACUGGAAUGGGAGGAGAGUCCGGCCGGGGAGUGUCCUACGUUUUACCGGGAGAGAAUCACGUCUGCCGUGUCUAAAGAACCGAAAAGAGAAAUAUUGGCAAGAGUUCCAGCACAUUGUGGAGGUCGUUCUACAUCUAUGAACAUGUUAAACCGAGAGAACAAGGCAGACAAACGUAACGUUAACCCCAGGAAAUCGCGCAAAACGGCAGCUCACGCCCGGACCAAAAGGCGCACAGAUUUGCGCAUUACAGAUUUCUACUCAAAGCGAAGAAGAACGGACAGCGUGACGCCGAAGGAAAGCAGGACCGUGGAGUGAAACUAGGAAAGCUCCGGCCUCUACGUCAUCGAGGAGUGGCGGGAAAAGGCCGGAAGAAAUGAUGUCACCGAGUCAAAACCACCUCGGAAUUUACUGACUCAUGUCAUCACGUCACAAAACGGGAUUCUGCAAUCGCAUAGUAACGAUGAUUGUUCCGUUUUCUAAUGUUUGUUCAUAAAGGCACAAUAUUGGUCUGAAACCAUUUGAACAAGUGACUUUACAUAAAGCCAGGACACGUAUUUAUUUUCGUUGAAUAUUCCUCCGCCUGUGUAUAUAUAUAUUUUGUAUUGUAUUUAUUUAUUUAUUUUUCGCAUUGCUUGCAAAUUGUACCUCAGUUUUUUUGUAGUCUGAAAUGUAGCUUUUUUGUCAUUCACUUGAAAACGUCCAAAAAUCAUGAUCCUGAGCCGUAUUGUCACUGUUGUAAAAAAGGCUGCUUUAAUAAAUAUGUACACUAUAUAAACAUA